AUGGGUCGUAUGCACAAUCCAGGCAAAGGUAUUUCGCAAUCGGCUUUACCAUAUCGCCGAUCAGUACCAACUUGGCUUAAGUUGACUAGUGAAGAAAUUCAAGAGCAAAUCACUUUGCUUGCGAAAAAAGGCUUGCGUCCGUCACAGAUCGGUGUAGUAUUGCGUGAUUCACAUGGAGUUGCUCAAGUUCGACGUGUUACUGGCAACAAAAUUGUACGAAUCCUGAAAGCUAAAGGCAUGGCACCUGAACUUCCAGAGGAUUUAUAUCAUUUGAUCAAAAAAGCUGUUAACAUUCGUAAACAUUUGGAACGAAAUCGCAAGGAUAAAGACUCAAAAUACAGACUGAUCCUUGUCGAAUCACGUAUCCAUCGUUUAGCUCGUUACUAUAAAACUAAGCGUCAGUUGCCAACUACUUGGAAAUAUGAGUCAUCUACCGCAUCUGCACUUGUUUCUUGA